AUUAUUCUUUUGAUUUUGAUUCGAAAAAAUGUUGUUUCGAAUGAAACAUUGAAAAAUUAUGUUUCGUCGAUUGACAUUUCGUCUGAUAUUCAUUAUAAUUAUCUGUAUAGUUUUUUUACAAUCAUUAUUAAUUUUAUUAUCCACAUUUUUAUUUAAUUAUAAUCCAUCUGUUUUGGAUCAUCAUUCGAUUAUCAACAAGGAUCAUAAUGAAUGUGUAAUUGAUGAUAAACAAGCAAUUAGUGCAUUAAAUCGUAUACAAACCUUAAAUUGUCGCCGAAAAUUAAUCGAUACUUUUUGUAAUAUAAAAUUUCAAUCAUUAUGGCCAUCAAGAUUACAAAAUGAAUGUCCGGAAAAUUAUGAUGGAAACAAAUUACUUACCUGUUUGGAAUUUCGAUCCGAAUUUCUUGAUCAUUUUGUCGAUAAAAAAUCUAAUAAAAUUUUACGUAUAGAUCCUGAACAACAAUUCAAUCAUAAUGAUUGUACGGAUCUUUGUAUGCAAAUUGAUUUUACAUUUGCAUUAUUCAUAUCGAAUCAAUAUUGUAUUUGCACUCAUAAUUAUGAUUCAAUUAUUGAUCGAACAAAUUCUUUAACUAAUCAUACAGAAUGUGAUUUACAACGUGCCAUACAUUCCAAAUAUUCAUCCAAUUUUUUAUUUAUCAUUUCAACUGGUGUAAAAAAAAUCAUUCGCAAAUUACCACCCUUAAUCACAACGGAUAAUUAUGGACAAAAUUUUACUCGACCAAAAAUAGUCUUUCUUUUAUUGCUUAGUGGUCGUUCAACACUUCAAGUAAAUAGAUUGAUGUUAAACAUUUUUAAUUAUCAUCAUUACUACCUCAUUCAUGUUGAUGCUCAUGAUAACUACCUCUUUGCUGAACUUGAAUAUUUACAACGAAAAUAUCCUGCCAAUAUACGAUUAACGCAACAAAGAUUUAAUACAAUUUGGGGUGGUUCCAGUCUUUUGACAGCGAUUUUAUUCUGUAUUCAUGAAGCAUUAAACAAAUGGAAUGAUUGGAAUUUCAUAUUGAAUCUAAGUGAAUCUAGUUUUCCAAUCAAGAAAAUCGAACAAUUAGAACAAUAUCUGGCCAAAAAUUAUGAACGAAAUUUUAUCAAAUCACAUGGAAAAAAUACAUUCGAUUUCAUUCAAACACAAGCAUUAAACAAAGUAUUUGUACAAUGUGAACGACGUAUGUGGCGUCUAACCGAUCGAUCAUUGAUCAAAGGUAUUGUUUGGGAUGGUGGUAGUGAUUGGAUGAUAUUGAGCCGAUCUUUCAGUAAUUAUGUAACCGAAAAAUUGAAUGAUGAAUCUAGUCUUGUAUAUGGUUUACGUAGUUAUUUUGAAUAUUCUCUACUACCAGCCGAGAGUUUUUUCCAUAUAGUUUUACGAAAUACAGCCUAUUGUACGACGAUAAUUGCCAAUAAUUUAUUGGCAACUAAUUGGAAUCGUAAACGUGGUUGUAAAUGUCAACAGAAAAAAAUUGUCGAUUGGUGUGGAUGUUCACCAAAUGUUUUUCGACUUUAUGGUUCAACAAAUAGUCGUGGUGAUAUUUCACGAUUAAUGGCAACCGAAACACGACCAUUAUUUUUUGGUCGAAAAUUUUCUCCAUUAAUCGAUAAACAGAUAAUUGAUUUUGUUGAGCUAAGAUUUUUGGGUCAAAAUAAUAAUUUGGAUAAAAAUCAUGGUUUUUAUCUUGAAAAUAUUUAUCAUUCUAGAUUUGAUUCGUUGAGUUAUUUGCCUUUGUUUCGGCGAAAAUUUUUCACAUUUUUUGCUCGUCAACUUCUAACAUCUUUAUGUUCGGAUACUUACAGUAAUCAAACUGAAAUUGAAAUAAUCGAAACAGAUCUUUUGUUUCAUAAUUCGAAUGAUUUCUAUGGUACAGUCAUUCGAUUUCAAGAAUCUAUUCACCGAUUCCAAAUCGAUAUUUUAUUGCGAACGUUUUCCAAUCAAACCAUUCUUUUUGAUUCAUCAUCUGGACCGAAAUUAAAAUCCAUAAAGAUUUGCAAUUCAUUCGAUGAAAAAGAUGAAUAUUUUCAUAAUUUUGAUUGUCUACUGGAUCAAACAAAUCGAUUAGAAAUUUGGCAUGAAUGGCAAACAUUUUUUGGUGUUUAUCAUAUUUGUUUUGUUUUUAUUGAUCCAUUCAAUCGUAUUGCAAAUAAAAAUCAAAUCAUAUUGAACAAUACAAAAAUUAUUGAUAAUGAACGAAUCGGUUUAUUAUAUAGACAUGAUUAUCCUCUUAUGAAUGGAUUAUGGAAAUUGAUUAUUUUGGAUGAAUCUACCGAUGCGAUCCUGGGUAUUACACAAUUUUUUAUUCUUUCGGAUGAUGAUCAUCAUAUAAACGAUAUGAUAAUACAAUCAAAUUAUUCAUAUGAUCAAUCGAUUACAUCCAUAAUGAUUAAAUAUCCAGAAUUUUUUCCCAACAAUAGUUAUCAUCUAUCAACAAUCAACAAAAUUUGGUACAUUAAUCAACAUUGUUUUCAUCUAUCUAAUAAUGAUAAUCAACAUUUAUGUAAAAAUUUUCAAAUCUAUCAUCAUAAUUACUGUGAUCAAAUUGAUUGGAAUAUUGACAAACUAAAAGCCCUUUAUUCAUUUUAAAGUUAUGAAAUAUUUUUUUUCCUAUUCAAAAAAAAAAUUAUUGGGAAAAUUUCGCAUGCAAUCAAAAAUAC